AAAGCCAUUCUGAUAUUUUAUCAUUUAAAUAUUUCUGCCUGUGAGCCGCAUGCUGUCACAGCUACCGAAGAAGCACAUGCUCUGAGGUGGAAAGCCCCAGCAGAGUUUCCUCAUUUUUGUGGUUUUUCAGCCACAAAUUUGUUUGAGGUUUCUAGCUCUUGAUUUCAAAGCUUUCUGUGAUGCUUCACAUCUCUGCUUUAUGUUGGCUUGGUCUGGUGUUCAGCAUUUUUCAGAGAAAAACACCUGCUAUAAAUUCUGCUGAAGAAAACAACUCCACAGAUCAAACUGCAUCUUUUCCUUGUCUUGAAUGCUUUUUUAUUUCAACAGGGAGAAAAGCAGACAAAAUUCAUGCUUUCCUCCUUUUAUCUUUAAGGCCAUGGCCCUACAUUUGUAAUUUUUUGAUAGAAGUCGAUUAAAAGAAGGAGGAAUAAGGUGGUGAAAUAUUAAGAAAUCUGAAGAAAUUAAAAAUCAGUGAGUUUUCUUGGUUUUAUUUUUCUAAAGGGGAUUUAAGGGUACCCUGUGAAGUGCUGGAGAAGAGCAUAGGGCUGCUGCCUUGACAGACUCUUGGGUUUGGGGCUCGGCGCAGAAGAAGCUGCGGGGCUGAGGCUCCAGGUGCUGCUGUGGCAGAGGCUCUUUGGCAGCUGCUGGUGACAGAUCUGCACAGAGAAGGGCAAGCACUUCCUGAGGUGAAUCCAGCCCUGCCACCAAGAGGUGACAGCGAGUGGAAAGGGGGAGCUGGCACAAAACCCCUCUGUCACCGAGUCCGCCACCAUGGCCUGGCCAUGGCUCCAUCUCUGCAUCUGCCUCCAGAUCCCAGGUUUUUAUACAACUCUACUUUUAACCCAAACUCCAGAGCAUAUUCUAACCCUAACUAACAAUAAAACUGAAAUCCUCUGUGAGCUGAAGGAGAACACCGGGGUGUACUGGUACCGCUGGAGCCAGCAGAAACAACAUUUCGAGUUCCUGUUGUUUUCCAACACACUGGGCAAAGCCACAUACGGCCCAAACGUGAGGCAGGACAAGUUCAGUGUCCAUGAGGCCAGGUCCCAGAGCUCCUACAGCCUGCACAUCAGCAACCUGCAACCCUUGGACAGCGGCACCUACUACUGCUCCGUCUCCCAGUCCGCCCAGCUGCUCCUGGGCAGUGGGACACAGCUCACAGUGGUUGAUGCUUUGCCUCCAAAGACCACACAGACACCGGUGUCCAAAAAGCCUGUGCCACGGACAACCAGAAGAAAAGCUGCCAGCAGGGAAGGUCCCUGCAGUCCCCUGGUCUGGAUCCCACUGGCUGCUGGUGUCCUGCUGCUCCUGCUGAGCCUGGUCCCCACCGCCUACCGCCUGUACCGUGAGUUCCCUGCCAGCAUCCUGAGGGGUGCCAGGCCUGGGGCAGCCCAGGAGGGGAUGGAGGGGCAGGAGGGAGUCCAGGACUGAUGGACAAUGUCUCUUGUCUCUUCCCAGGCCUGCGGCGGAGGCUGUGGCUUCGCAUCCACAGGCAGUAAUUCCCAGUAAAUCCCAGUAAAGCCCACUGCCCUCCCUGCCUCAGACAGGCAGGGAGAAGCCAUGGACCCUCCCCUGCACGAGGCUGAGCACUGCUGGACGUGACCCAGGAAGGACCUGGCAGGGGACAGACGUGGGCUCAUCCCACAGUACAGACAUUUCUUUCCUGCAUGGCUUCAACGUCCUCCUGGACACAGCAGCUGGCAAAAGGACCAAGCUGGAAUCUGCAGCAUCCUGAGCACUUCCCAAAGGACACUGAGCAGGGCAAAUGCCGCGGCUGGCUCUGCACAGGGGGAAAGGGGCUGGUGCCAAAGGGACUCAGACAGGCUGGAAAGCUGUGAGCUCCUUGGCUCUCUGUGUUCAUCUGUAGGACAGCACAAAGGUGCUUUUUUUGCUCCUGUUAAUACUGAUUGAUAAAAAUAUGUAACACUUUGAGAGCAACCAGCAGGGAUGGGGCAGAGACAAUUUGUAAAUUGUCUCUGUGCAGGUUUAUUCAAUACCAAAUAGAUCACUCAGUUAUUUUCUUCUGCAGGCUGGUGUCUUUGUCCACAUGGUUGUGUGGCAAGCAAGGAACCACGGCCUCCAACCAAGAAAGAGUUAAAGCAGAGCAAAAGCUGCAGGGGGGAGCAGGUCUGGGAGGGUGUCUUCUCCCAUGGGAGACGGCAAACAGCCAGGAGUGGGAGAGGAAAACCAGACAAAGCCAUGCACACAAGGCCAAACACUUGGCACAGCCUGAAGGUCAGCACCACCUCUGAGAGCAAACAGAGGCCCCCAGGGGCUGGCCCAGAGCCCAGCAGCACAGCAUGGCCAGUGAGAACUGCCCUGAGUGAUGCCUGGGUGUGCUGAGCCUUGAGGGAUGCCAGAAGCAGGGAAGGUCUCCCCAGGGAUGGCAACAAGGCUCAGCUGCUGCCCAGGGUGCCAAGGCAGAGCUGGGGCUGGAAAUUUGGCAUCCUGCUGAGCACAGGCAGGCAGCACUGGCUCUCAGGUGCCCCCCAGCCCCACAUCUGCUCACACACAGGCACCAGCACUGUGCCAGCUACAGUGAGGGCAAGGGGAAGGUGGCAGAGGGUCCCCAGGGUCGGGGCUAACACAGUCUUGGGAUGAGCUUGGGUGAAACUGGCACAGCAGCAUCACUCUGACCAUCCCCUCCCUCCCCUCCCAGCCGCAGGGUGCUGCUGCUUUCCACUCUAACACUGAAUUUCCUGUAGAGCUUGGUCUCAAGCCCAGCCGUUGGUGCUUCCCCUAAAUGAUGCAGUAAAUAAAGCUGGCAGUGGAUCAUGCUGAGCCAGCUUUCCCAGGCUGUGACAUUCACCCAAGCUCUCAGGCCACCCAGCUGUGGGGACACCAGCACAAGACCCCACCCCAGGUGCAGCAGGGAGGGGAUUCUGAGCAUCUCUGACCCCCAGACAUCACAAUUUAUCCUCUGUGAGAGCUUAGAUUAACUAAAACCAUCAUUUUCCUGCCCUGCAAGUAGAAGUAGAGCUUUGCCCCAGAAGCAGACAGUUUUUAUGGCCUGUACAUUUUUCAUGACAGCUGUAAGAAACCUCCUUUGAAACUUCCCAUGAGCAUUUUUCUUUACAAAGCAGGGGCUUUCCCUCUGCCUGCAGCUGCUUUGAAAUCCCAGCUGCCUUUCUCACAUUCGAGGUGUCCUGACCUCAAUGCCCACACCUUCCUCAGCUCUCCCACCCCCAGCCAGCACUGGAGAGCACCUCCCAUGGCCAAGCAGCAAAUACAGCCCAACCCUCCUCUCCCACAGGAAGGUGAGCAGCCUCAGAUAAAACUCUGCCCAGUCCACUCCUGCUCCUUCUUCUCCACACUCAGGACAUCUUCACAGUGCCUGAUCUUGGCUGAAACCCCUCCCCAGGACAGCACCAUCUUGUCUUCAGUCACUUUUCCCAACUCCAAUAACACAAGCACAAAGGAGAGGGAUUUACUCCUUGGCUCUCUGCUCACCCACAACAAAGAAUUUGCUCAAUGUCUG